CUUCAAUACAACUUCCUGUAUCACUAGAAUUGACCUUCUGGAUCCUAAACCAGUCCGGAGACUGUGGAGUAUGUGUUAAAUGUCUGUUUGUGUACUGAACAAACGAAUAACACCAAUAGUUUUGCAGCUUUUGAUUAAUCGAAGUUUAAAUUUGUUUCUUCGACUUCGGUGGGCUAUCUAUAAUACGUAGCUACUAGGAGAGCUUUUUGAAACAUUUUACCACCUGCGGAACCCAGGGCCAUGUGGGACCAGGAGAUUAAGGGCAUGGCCUCGGCCCACAUGUUCAUCGCCUCCGCUGUCUUCGUGGGCACCCUGCUACCGGCCAUCGUGGCGGAGAAGUUCUCCGUCUAUGGAAGCCACCUGGUCUGGGUGUAUUCUGUGGCGGGAUCUGUCGCUGCGGUCAACGUCGCUGUGUUCUGGCUGCUCGGUGUCGGUCUGGUUGCCAAGAAGAACACGCUGAGCUACAAGGUGUCCCGGAUGGUCCGCUCUGGCCUCCACUUCACCCUGUCCUGCUUCUUCUACCACAUCAUUGUGGUUCUGUAUGGUGCCCCCCUGCUGGAGUCAGUGUUGGAGACCUUCUCCCUUGCUGUGCUGCUCUCCACCUUCACCACCCUGCGCUGUCUCUGCCUUUUGGGCCCCAAUGUACAGGCGUGGAUCCGGGUCUUCAGCCGAGACGGGGCCAUGUCUGUGUGGGACACGUCCCUGCAGAUCACCACAGCCUGCAGUGUCAUCGGAGCCUGGCUGGGAGCUUUUCCGAUACCGCUGGACUGGGAUCGGCCGUGGCAGGUGUGGCCCAUCUCUUGCACCCUAGGGGCUACCUUUGGAUUUCUGUCUGGACUCGUCAUUGCCCCCGUCUGGAUCCACUGGCAUCGCAAGCAGCUAACUUACAAGAGCAAAUAAGGAGCGGGGAAGAGGCGGGACAAGGGGGCGUGGCUAAGGGCAGCACCCAUUGCGUAGAACAGCAUGGCACGGGGUUGGAGCAGAGAAGCAGCCCUGGGGUUCCUGCCUCGGCAACAUCCUGUGUAUUUAUUUAUCCAACACUAGAUAAAUCUCUGUAAAUGUUAAGCUUUUUUAACCUGUAUCAGUUUUUUAAGACUGGAAAGUGCUUUUGUCAUGGAUUAAUGUGUUUAAAAAUAAUGUUGUUCAAGUAGUACUGUCUGGGAGGGGUUUUGUGCUGCUGAUAUUGUGUGGACGGUGUUGCAUGAGAACCAGGACCAGGCGUUCUGCUGGAGCUCCCAUGUGGUUCUCCCACCCCAGACCAAGUGCCAUUGUCUGUUUGGUUUGUGAGUUUGUCUGAACUUUUCUGCUUUGCUUCACUGUGUUUGCCUGUCACGUGAUCAGGUCUCGCCUCCCUUGGCCCCGCCCACUGCGUCAUGUGAUCAGGCAGCAGUCAAUACAGCGAGGCACCAGCCGUCUCUUGAGGGCUCUCCUCUUGGGGGCAAGGAUGGCAAUGAUGGCCUCGUCAAACACGGUCUUCAGCCCCUUCUGCGUCAGGGCAGAGCAUUCCACGUAGCAGUAGGCACCGAUCUGGGUCGGCAGGAAGAGGAAAACAGGAAGUCAACACCUGACUAAGAACGAUCCCAAACCAGUUAGCCGAAAUAAUGGACACCAUGAUGGCUAAUUUCUGGGAAGGCUUGAGUGAUGAGGUCAGUGUUUGAUCAUCUUCACCCACUACUGAUUUUGCUCUUUGCAUUCCUGCCGUGCUGCUGUGUUAAUAUGGUGUUCAGGUACACAAAUCGUGAUGGCUUGGGUUUUAUGAUUACAGUUAAAUUAAUGUUAUCACAAGGAAACCUUUCAAUUCAAUUUAUUUUUAAUAGAGCUCAUGCAGUUUUAACCUUCAUUAAAAAAGUUGAGGAGAGACAUUAUUCUUUUCUUCCAGGAUCUUCCCUUUCUCCCCACACUGACAGUGCCACCCCCUACCUCCUUCGCCAGCUUCUGCCCCUGCUCCGUUGUGACGGGCUUCUCUUUCAUGUCGUUGAGCUUUGUGAUGGUCUUUGGGUCGUCCCGAAGGUCAAUCUUAGAGUGCAGCAGGGAAAAAAGAUUAGCAGGAUCAGCAUGGACUCUGUGUGUGUGUGUGUGUGUGUGUGUGUGUGUGUGUGUGUGUGUGCGCUAAACCUGAUUGCAACUCCUGCAGGGUUGAUUCAGACACGAGCUCAAACACGUACACGCCUGGCUCGAUGUCCUGAUGCCCUCUGAGAAACGGUCCCACUGAGCUCCUGUCUGAGUAUCACUUCUGCUCUCUUGCUACCUCAUCAGCAUUCGCCACAGUUACACAACUCAUUUAUUUGUCAAAAUAAAACCUGAUAAAAGUUUGAACUGAAUUUUCUCUCUUCCCGUGUUCCCGCCACGGUUUUAGAUGUCCUGGGACAAAGUGGGAUAUUCCGAAGGAUGUGUCGGAUAGAUCUCAAACCAAUUUGCUUCACGUUGUGAGACAACAUUCCUGUAGAGCAUCUGCCUUCCUUGCAAUUGCUAGAACACUUCAAUAUUUCUGCAGUCACACUCCUUUAUGUCUCUCAGCAAACUAGGGGACACAUACAAAUUUUCAAAAUGUGUGUGCAGAUCUGGUUGCAGAAAGGUGGUAUGA